AGAAGAAAUACCCUCUUGGCCCUGGCCAGGGGCCAGCAAAAGCACUAAGGCCCUUAACCAUCAUGGCCUUGAGACCUGAGGACCCCUAUACUGGGUUCCAGUAUGGCUCAUUGGUAGACUUCAUCAAUGAGAAGAUGGCCAGGCACACAAAAGGCCCCGAGUUCUACCUUGAAAAUCUGUCUCUGUCCUGGGAGGAGAUAGAAGACAAGAUCAAGGCUGUUCUGGAGGAUAGCGAAGUGCCGAGAGAAGCUCAAGAGGCGUGUACCUGGGGCACCCUGGCCCUGGGCGUGCGCUUAGCUCGCAGGCAGGAGCUCUUACAAGGGCGCAGGGUGCAGUGGCUGUAUGAUUUUGCCAAACUGCACAAGUCAGCCACUCAUGCCUUGGCCUCGGAUUUGAAGCAGCUCAUUGAGCAGCAGGAGGUGGAGCGCAAGGAGGCUGCCUUCCAGUUGUGGCUGAUCCAUGCCAAGCUGGCCCAAGUGCAGAAAGAGAGAGACCUGCUAAGGUGGAAACUUGUGCAGGCGGAGCUGAAAGGUAUCCCAGAGCCAACUUUGGAGGAGCUAGACCUGAUUGGUGUCCAAGAGGUAGAGAUACUAGGAGCAGGUGAGAAGCAAGCGGUGGAAGAAGCUGAAGCUAGUGGUACAGCUGGAGGAAGAGAAAAAGAAGAGAUGGAUGUGACCAGUGCAACCUCAGAGGAGGAUCUAAGUGAUAGUGUCCUGCAGUUUCUUGGAGUUGCCCAGCAGAAAAAUCACACCAGUGGCAGAGAGAAGGAGAAUGAUACUAGGCCUAUAGAAAAAGCUACGCUUUAUCUCUCUGGGACCCUGAAGGCCGCAUCCACAACCUCACCAGAUCCCCUACCUGUCCAGCUCCCUGCCUCUUUCACAUACAGCUACUCAAGCCCUUUGUCCUGUUUCCCAGCUGCAUCCUCCCCACCUCCACUAGCAGCCACGAUCACAGCACCUGUUUCACAUCAGAUGCCCUCCCACUACGCAGCAUCUGAUUUUAGCUGGUGGUCUGAUGUGUGGGCUCAAGGAAUAGACCCACAAGAACACCAGAAAAAGAAGAGAGACUUGGAAUUCCAGCAGAGAAAAAGUCCAUUUUUUCGCAAGCCUGGGGAUUGGAAUUGCCCUUGGUGUAAGGCUGUGAAUUUUUCACGAAGGGAAAAUUGCUUCCGCUGCAGGAGGGGAAUCUGGCUGCAAAGCCCUUAG